AGUAUCUCAUUAGUAAAAAAUAUGCAGCGCACACAACUAACUCCCUCCUCUUCUUCUUAACUCAUGCAGAUUCCAAAAUAUUUCCUUCUCAUCCUCUUCCAAGUCUAAGCAAAACAAAUUUGCUUACUUUCAUUCCAAAAAUAUGAUUUGAAAGCAAAGCUAGAAUACAUCCCUUACUCAUUUGGAAAAACAAGGCAAAAGUAUUACUUAACAUGGCAGCUGACCUUGCAGUAGAUGUUGUGGUAUCUGUGGUAUCAAAAUUUCUGCUUGAAGAGUAUGCGGUGUUGGGGAAUGCAGCGAGGCACGUAGAAUGGAUUGAGAAAGAGCUGCGGUCCAUGCGGGGAUUGUUAGAACAAGUUGAAAAGAAAGGGAACGGCGAACAGACACAGGAGCUAAAAGACUUUGCAGAGAAAUUGCAGGACGUUGCUCUUGAUGCAAAGAACGUGAUUGAAACGUUUCUGAUAAAAUCAGUAAAGAGGAGGAGGAGGGGUGUUUUUCACUGGUUUGACAAACACACUGUUGGGAAAGACCUGGAAAAGAUCCGCAAGAAAAUGAGAGAGAUCUCUUAUAUUGGAUUGAACUUAAACAAAAAUGUCCUCGUGCUCUCCGUUGAAAAUCCGCCAUCUUCCAGGUCCAAUUCCUCCAGCAUCCCUGUAGUAGUAUAUAUGGCUAUGGAGAAGCUUGAUCACAUUCUGAGUCAAAAUUUAAUAGCCAGUAAUAAGGUGAUCGAGCUGGUGGAAGGGGCGAAAGAUGGCCUCAAAGUCCUAGAAAACAUUGUUUCCAAUUUGAAGUCAUCAAAUGAAAGAGAAACUGUGUGGCUGGAAGAGGUGAAUGACGUUUGUAGUUGCACGGUAAAAGUUGCUGAAAAUUUCAUUGCAAGAAGCAGUUUCCAGAGGAAGCUCCCAUAUCACUCGUGGAAGUUUAAGAAGCAGAUGAAGUGUGUUAGUACUGAAAUUGGAGAUGCCCUUGCCAGAAGUUUGAUUUACGGAAUUGUGGACAUGGAUGAAACAACACAAAAACCAACAACAGUACCCGUUCAAGACUUGUCAGUGGAGGAUUUGAUAAUAUCAGAACUCCUCCCUUUCUCUAUUAGUUAUAUUGCUGAUUUGCUUCUUCUGAGCUUUGCUAAUGAUAAAGCUACUUAUAUUGCAGUGGUCUUCUUAAUUGCAGUAAUCACUAAAGCUUUUGUAAUUAUUGUAAGACGAGAACCAAUCACAGCAAGUAAACUGAAUCCAAAAAGAGGCGCAGGACCAAUCAGAGCGGGUAAACUGAAAUCAAAAAGAGGCAUAAUAUCAAAGCUGCUGACCUCGAGCACAUUCUUAGACAUUUCAAUUCUUUUUGUGACUUUCAUCAUGUUAUAUUUUAUCCCGUUCCAGGUAGCACUCCUAUUCCAGUUGAUUGUUCCACUUUGUGAAGUUAUUUUCUGGAUUGUGCGGCUGUGGAAGUCAAAGGACAAUAAUUUGAAGUGCGUGCAAAGAGAUUUAGAUCUUAUGCACGCGUUUCUUAGUGACACUGCUGAUAGGGCAGAAAGCAUGAAUGAAAGACAGAAAGUAUGGUUUGGUCAACUUAAACUAGUGGCUCAAAAUGGCAGGUCCUUUCUUGAUGCUGCUACGGAUUGUUGGAGCAGUAGAACUAAGUUUGCCAAGGGAAUCAACUGCUUGUUGAAAGAGAUUUUAAAUAUCUCAGACAGGAAGACCAAUUAUUGCAUUGCAAAUAUUCUUAUUCAACAAGAGCGUGAACGUUCGUGCCACGACGACAAUUCUGGUGCUGCCUCCUCCUCUUCCUUGUAUAAGCCUGUGACAGGACUCAAACAAGAAGUCCAAUCAAUCAGAGGAGAAAAGGAAUUAAUGAAUGCGCUUCUUCAAGAUGUACGAGACAUGAAAGAACUAGAUGGAACAUCUAGAAUCUGGGUGGACCAAAUGAAAAUUAUAGACAGUGAAAUUGCAACUGUCAUUUCCGACUAUGAUGACAAAUUAAACCAUAGGUCAAUUCUCAUUUACAUUUUCAAGUACUGGACCCGACAGGAUAUUGGUAACAAGAUCAAUGCUAUCAAAAACAAAAUUGAAGAUGCCUCCAGACGAAGAAGGGUAUAUGGUUCAGGAAAGACAAUUGAGUCCUCAUCAUCCACGGUUCAUAUACUACGUGGAACCAAGCAACUGUCUCUCGUUAAUAUAGAAUCCGAUGUUGUUGGAUUUGAUGAUGACGCGCAAGUUAUGAUGGAUCAGUUACUGUCGGAUGAGAAACGUCGCUGCAUUACCUGGAUUGUUGGAAUCGGAGGCGCGGGCAAGACAGAACUAGCCAAGAUGAUAUUUCAAGACAGCGCUGUUGUAAGCCAUUUUGAGUGUCGCGUAUGGGUGUCACUAACUUCAAAAUCAAAUCAGGAAGAACUUUUUGAAGAAAUUAACAAGGAGGCCGCCAAGCAAAUACAGGGAGACUCGUCGAAUGUUCCCACCGUGCUAAAAAACUUAGCACAGAAAAGGUAUCUCCUAGUUGUUGAUGGCAUAGAAGAAACUUCACAAGUGUACUUGUUAGAUACAUUGGAAAAGGAGAUACCCGAUAUGUCAACAGGCAGCAGACUUCUUCUUACUGCUCGCAAUGCUAAUGCAGCCCAACAGGCUGUUGGUACUAAUAACUUUGUUUACCCCCUACAUUUAUUAGAUGAUGAAAGUAGUAGGGUUCUGUUCAAAAAACAUUUGAAGCUGGGCACUACCCGGGAACUAACCAAUGUUGAAAGAGAAAUUGUGAUCAAGUGUGGAGGCCUACCAUCCCAAAUAAUCGAAAUGAGUCGUUUUCUUUCAGAUAAAGAAAGUGACAUACACGAGGAGUGGUCAACCGAGCUCAAUAAAGUUCAAAUACGGAGUUGGUCUGAAACGGUUAAUACAAUCAACAACCACUUAGCUCUGUAUCUAACUGGAUGCCUAUUUUACUUUGGACUAUUUCCUGCUGAAUUUGGGAUUCCUGUUAGAAGACUGGUUGCUUUGUUGAUUGCAGAGGAACGGGUGCAUCUUGAGGAACACGAAGAUCUCCGAGAGCAAGUAGCAGAAUGGUAUUUGACGAAGCUGAUAGAUCAGAACCUGGUUCAAAUUGCUGAGAGAAAGCCCAAUGGCAAGGUCAAAACAUGUCGUCUCCCCUAUGGCUUGCGAGAACUCUGGUGGACAAAAGCUAAUGAAUACAUAUUUCACAAAGCCCACACUGCCGGGGAUUCCAAUGCAGAUCCGAAAAACUCUAUCAUACGAUGGGUGACAGAUGAUCCUAAAACCCAUCAUAUCUGGUUAAAUCAUAUUCAUGGUGACACUAGCAGUACUAGAAUUGAUCCAGCUUCCCUGAGAAACUACUACAAGGAUGUUAUAUCCUUUCUGUCCUUUGAUACACGAGAGGGGAGUAAACCCGGUAGAGAAAUAGGCUACUUCAUGAAGGUAUCUAUUUCAAGUGAUUGCUUCUUACUCCUGCGGGUUCUUGAUCUUGAACGCGUUUACAAACCCAAAUUGCCUAAAAGCAUAGCAAGACUUUCACAGCUGAGGUACCUUGGCUUAAGAUGGACUUACUUGGAGUCACUUCCAUCAUUUAUAAGCAAGUUGUUAAAGCUACAAACACUUGAUCUCAAACAUACUUAUAUACAUACUCUACCAAUCUCCAUUUGGGAAAUGGAACUCAGACAUUUGUUCUUGAGCGACACUUUCCACAGCAGAUUCCCACCACAACAAAAAGAUCAUUUUUCCUGCAUCAGAUUUCUUCUACCUCACCUCAGAGAUAAUUUUCUGUCUGAUCUCCAAACACUGUGGGGGCUCUUUGUAGAUGAAGAAACUCCAGUGAAGGAUGGCCUGGACACAUUGGUCAAAAUCACAAAAUUGGGAUUAACAUGCCAACAAAUGUCAUCAGAGAAACAGGUGAUGACAAAAAAACUUGAGGCAGUGGCUGAUUGGAUUGAGAAACUAAUACACCUUCAAUCACUGAGAUUAAAAUCAAGGGAUGAAGAAGGGAAACCUUGGAAAUUACACUUGAAGUCCUUCAAGAACCAUGAAAAAGUAACCGACAUGUAUUUGCUGGGAACCUUGAGCAGUUCAUCUCUUCUGUCUGAGUUCCCUCGGAGCCUCAUUGAACUUACCCUAUCACAUUCGGAACUAAAGGAUGAUCCCAUGAAACUUCUGAAAGAUUUUCCGAAUCUUAGGAUACUGAGUUUACUUGCAAACUCUUACCUGGGACAAACAAUGGUUUGUGAAUCUCAAAGUUUUCCUCAGCUUCAUAUAUUAAAGUUUUGGGUGCUGGAGCCAUUAGCGGAAUUGAAGAUAGAGCAAGGAGCACUUCCCUAUCUCAGACAACUGGAAAUCAGAUCGUGUCCGAACCUUAAAAUGCUUCCUGAUGGACUAAAGCAUGUUAGCACCCUGCUUGAGUUGAAAUUGACAAACAUGCCAUCAGAAAUCAAUGCUGAGAUCAAUAACAUCCCAUUACCACCCAAUUGUAAAGUGGUCAAAACUGAUUUUCAGUAGAAUGCAAUGGCUGCAUGGAAACUCGUAUGGAAUGGUGAGUACUGAGUUAUGUAUGUUAGUAUGCUGUUUUUCAAUUUUAGCUGUAACUUAAGUAGUUCUAUCAUGCAAAAAAACUUCUUGGCUGGGAAGGAAGUGUUACUCAAUUGUUUUGCUUGUAACUUCUGGUUUGUAGUUUAAGGUUAUGUUUCCCUGAUUGUGUUGUGGACGUUUGACUUGUGUAUGAGCAAUUAGUAAAACUAAUAUUUGGGAUUUUUAAGAAAAUAAUUGUCAUCUAUUUUUGUAUUUAUUG